UUAGAAGGAUAUUAUAAAUGAUGUUUUAAUUCGAGGAGCUGUUCUUAUUUACUUGAAUAUGUGUGUUAAACAGGACGAGGAUUUUCGUCACAGAUAGUGAAGGAAUUGUUUAACAUAUAUAAAUGAGCUUGUGCUUCGACCUCUAAGCUCAAAUUUUUGCGUCAGCAUCUGACGUGAAACAUGAUUUAUUGUCUUGUGUAUGGUAUUUUAACUAUGAGAGGUCGGCCAUGAUGCAGCAGAACGCUGUUAAGUUUUCCACCAACAGAAGUAAAAUAAACGACGCCUUGGUUAUGGCCGCCCAAUCCGGCAACAUCCAGCGCGUCACGCAGCUACUGAACGCGGGGGCGAACGUGGACUACUGGCCCAAGGACGACCACAGUGACCCCGCUGGCGUCUGCAUGGAGGAACUCAUCUUCCAGAGUUACGCCAUCUUUGCCGCUUGCACUCAAGGUCACUUCCAGAUAGUCCUGACCCUAUUCAACAGCAGCAACCGUAAACAUUUGUUAACAGAAUACUGGCCGGUUCUGCUGCAGACGUUACGAAACAAAUGGAGUUUUCAACGGCCGCACAAUGUGGUCAACACCUUUGGUCAGUUGGUUAUUUUGAACGGUGGUCACUGCGUUCACCACAUGUUGUUUAUGAAAGACUCCAACAUCCGUUUCUUGCGGUACCUCAUCAACGCCGGCGCAGACGUGAACGCUAGGUGUCGCUGCGGGAUGACCCCAUUGGCCAACGCUCUCUCGUCAUCUCAGUACAGCUCUGAGGUUCUACAGACACUGCUAAAGGCAGGGGCUGAUCCCAACAUCCUCAGCCAAGAUAACUUAUCUCCCCUGGCAAUGGCGGCAAAAAAUGGGCACAUCACGGCUAUGGAAUCUUUGUUGCUUUGUGGUUCAGCACAAAGUCUACACUAUGAAAGUCCAGCCAACAUACAAAUCUAUCACCCUCUAGUGUUCUCUGUGAUCAGAGGUGAUAUGACGCAAGUACAACUCCUCCUGAACUACAACCCACAGCCCAUAACCAUGUUGCAGUACCUAGUCCACGCCCACCACAACUUCCCGUUUGACAUCGAAGAUUUAACAUUUUUCAACAAGUACAUCUCCCUGCUGUACCUCGCUCUGUAUCUAAAUAAAUCUGAUGUAGCUCAAUUAUUUAUAAAACUCAACUUUCUUUCCAAAUCUGAUAUCAGCGAGCUGCCUAAGGAUUUUUAUCUACACAAGAAGUUGCAGUACAGCCGGGAGCAGGAGGAAUGUGCCAGCUUAUUUGAGUCUAUUCGCACGGAACCUUGGUCUUUGUUUACACUAAGCUUUGUGGCUGUUUCUGAGGCUGUUGGGUUUGGGCCAUCAAGGCCGGAGAAAUUACAAAAACUUGGACUUCCAAAUAAAUUAGUAAACCAAUUUUUAUUUUUACCAUCAUGAAAACUGUCUCAAUUAGAACAACUUUUUUUUUAAAUUAAAAUUUUUUGUUUUGUUGUGAUAUCCUAAUAAUGAAUCUAUAUAGAUCUAUAAUAAUUAUAAUUCUCUUCUUGGAUACACUAGAAAACACCAAGCUGUAAGCUCACCAAGCUGUAAGCCCCCUCUCUUCCUCUCUAAGCAUAUCCCUACCACCCCACCCCCCACAUAGUCUGGUGAGCUGUGGUUCACACUAAAUGUUCGUAGAGUGGGGUUUAGUGACGGCUAUUAUUAGGGGCAGAUCAUUUUGUUUGA